CCCACAACCACAAUGGAAGAUAUCAACGCCAACUUUGCCUUUCCCCUUCGCGAACUCGAGAACGAACGCGUCAAGCUGACGCCUCUCCAGCCCGCCAUCUACAAAGACGCCCUUUGUAGAAUAUGCGACUCCAACCCGCAGCUCUUUGACUUCCUCCCCUUCGGUGGCUCCCCAGACUCCAUCACCGCGCUCCUCUACGAGCGCAUCGGGCCCGAUCCAGGCAUGGCGAUCUACGCGAUCAUCGACAAAACCCGCCCCGCCGACCCCGCUCUGACUCAUGAGUCAAGUGUAGGGCAGGAAGGAGCUUUCGCAGGCGUCUUCGGCUGGCUCAACGCGUCCGCGGUCCAUCUCAAAGUCGAAAUGGGCUUCGCGGUGGUCUUCCCCGCGUUCCAGCGCACGCACAUCGCGACGAACGCAGUCGGCCUGAUGCUCCAGUACGCGCUCGAGCUGCCGAGCGCGGGUGGGCUGGGCCUGCGGCGUGUGCAGUGGCAGGCGCACACCGAGAACGCGGCGAGCAUUCGCCUCGCGGAGCGGAUGGGAUUUGUACGUGAGGGCACGCUACGAUGGGAUCGUGUGUUAAGGGACGACAAAGUUGUGGGUAUGAAAUCGCGCGAGGGCGAUCCGCACGAGCGAAAGGUAGGGAGACAUUCGGCGAUGUUAGCCAUUUGUUGGGAUGAUUGGGAGAGGGAGAAGGAAAGGGUUUUGACGAUGAUGGACAGAAAGCUGGCAAAGUAGAGGAAGUAGAGAUCGCGGUGUCAUUCGUUGUAAACCUGGAUCCGGGCUCUUCCUAAGAAACCGUGACGCGGCAAUCAGCAAAUAUGAUCCAAAGCUACAGGAGUCCUUGAAACAUUUGAGGCUCUGCAUCCACCGCAUCCACGUAUUUGAAGCAUGAUGAUCGGCUUUAACUCCAUUGACAACCCGUCACAGGAAUCCUUCCGUUGCUCAAUCACAUCGCGCCCUUUGUUAGUCCACAUCGAGGAACCAAAAUGGAAGACAUCAACGCUAACUUCGUCUUCCCGCUUCGCGACGUCGAGAACGAACGCGUCAAGCGAUGACUAGCCCGCCAUACACGCGGAAACCAUGUUCGAAUACGCAGAGGCAAACCCCGAGAUAUACAACUUCAUGCCCCACGGCAGCACCAGAGAGAACCUCGAGUCCUUCCUGUCCAUCACCUUCGCACAGGACCCCGGCUGGGCGCUCUACGCCAUCCACGACAAGACCACGACCGGAGACCCCGCGUUCGCGGGCAUCGUCGGCUGGAUAUACGCGAACGCGGCGCACCUCAAGGCCGAGAUCGGCUCCAUCGUCAUCUUCCCCGCGUUCCAGCGCACGCACGUCGCGACGAACGCGGUCGGGCUCAUGCUCCAGUACGGGCUUGACCUGCCGCGCGACGGCGGGCUAGGGCUGAGGCGGGUGCAGUGGCAGGCGCACGCGGAGAAUGCACCGAGCAUUAGACUGGCGGAGCGCAUGGGCUUCGUGAGAGAGGGGACGCUGAGGUGGGACAGGGUGCUGCCGGACGCGAAGGUGGGUGUGCAGACGCGGGAGGGGGAUCCGAAGGAGAAGAACGUGGGGAGGCAUUCGGCGAUGUUGGCUAUUUGCUGGGAUGAUUGGGAGAGGGAGAGGGAGCGGAUUCUGGCGCAGAUGGAGCGAGUGAAAUGAACUAGAAUUACGCAUAGGCAUGCAUACCAGUCAUAAGCGUAGGUAGAGAUAUAGUUCAGUCAUUCAAGUCUAUAGAGUCCAAUACCUACCGAUAACAUCC